ACGCGCAGCACCAGUACCAGACCCUGCACAAGAUGUACAACAACUGCGAGAUCGUCAUGGGCAACCUGGAGAUCGUCCUCAUCGACCACACCCAGGACCUCUCCUUCCUCCAGACCAUCCGGGAGGUGACCGGGUACAUCCUGAUCGCCAUGAACGUGUUCGCGGCGCUGCCGCUGCGGAACCUGCGCGUGAUCCGCGGCACGCAGUUCUACGAGGACAGGUUCGCGCUCUUCGUGCUGCUCAACUACAACCCCAACAGCACCCAGGCCCUGCGGCAGCUCGGCCUCAACCGCCUGACAGAGAUCCUGGCGGGGGGGGUGUACAUCGAGAAGAACGCUCAGCUGUGCCACGUGGACACGGUGGAGUGGAGGGACAUCAUGAGGGACACGCGGCUGGAGCCCCUCGUGAGGGACAACGGCCGGGGCUGUGCCCCGUGCCACGAGAGCUGCGGCGGUCACUGCUGGGGGCCGGGCCCCGACGACUGCCAGAAACUGACCAAGACCAUCUGCGCCCCGCAGUGCAACGGGCGCUGCUUUGGCCGCGCGCCCAACGAGUGCUGCCACGAGGAGUGCGCGGGGGGCUGCAGCGGCCCCCUCCGGACACACUGCUUCGCGUGCCGUCACUUCAACGACAGCGGUUCCUGCGUCCCGCUGUGCCCGCAGCCGCUCAUCUACAACAAGCUGACGUUCCAGCUGGAGCCCAACCCCGACACCAAGUACCAGUACGGGGGGGUCUGCGUGCGGGAGUGCCCCCAUAAUUUCGUGGUGGACCAGAGCUCGUGCGUGCGCGCCUGCCCCAACGACAAGAUGGAGGUGGAGAAGAACGGGCUGAAGAUCUGCGAGCCCUGCGUGGGGCUGUGCCCCAAGGCCUGCGAGGGCACCGGCGCCGGCAGCAAAUACCAGACCGUGGACUCGAGCAACAUCGACACCUUCAUCAACUGCACCAAGAUCCUGGGCAACCUCGACUUCCUCAUCACGGGCCUGGAGGGGGACCCCUGGCGCAACAUCUCGGCGCUGGACCCCGAGAAGCUGAACGUGUUCCGGACCGUGCGGGAGAUCACGGGGUACCUGAACAUCCAGUCCUGGCCCAAGCACAUGCACAACUUCAGCGUCUUCUCCAACCUCGAGACCAUCGGGGGACGGAGCCUGUACAACCGCGGUUUCUCGCUGCUGAUCAUGAAGAACGAGAACGUCACGUCCCUGGGGCUGCGCUCGCUGCGGGAGGUGAGCGCGGGCCGCGUUUACAUCACCGAGAACCGGCGGCUCUGCUUCCUGCACACCGUGCACUGGGCCGCGCUCAGCCGCAGCCGCGCCGACCUCGACAUCCGCAACAACCGGCCCCGCAGCAAGUGCCGUGAGUGCGGCCUGGGGAGGGGGCGUGGGACCCCCCCAAACCGCCCCUCUCCCCCCCCUGAGAAGGGUUCCGGUGGCGCCGACACCUGCACGCGCUGCGCGCACUAUCGCGACGGGCCGCACUGCGUGGAGCGAUGUCCCGACGGAGUCCUGGGGGAGCGCGGCCCCAUCUUCAAAUUCCCCGACGGGAACCGCGAGUGCCGGCCCUGCCACGAGAACUGCACCCGGGGAUGUGUGGGGCCGCUGCUGCGGGACUGCCUGGGGGACACCCUGCCCGUGUCCCGGCGGACCCCGACGCUGAUCGCGGUCCUGGCGGUCGGGGCCGUUUUCCUCUCGUGCUCGCUCGUGCUGCUGGCGCUGCUCUACUGGAGGGGAAAGAAGAUCCAGAAGAAACGGGCCAUGAGGCGGUACCUGGAGCGGGGAGAGAGCCUGGAGCCGCUGGAUCCCAGUGAAAAAGCCAACAAGGUCCUGGCGCGGAUCUUCAAGGAGACGGAGCUGAGGCGCCUCAAGGUCCUGGGCUCCGGCGUCUUCGGCACCGUGCACAAGGGUAUCUGGAUCCCGGACGGGGAUUCCAUCAAGAUCCCGGUGAGCAUCAAGGUGAUCCAGGACUGGAGCGGGCAGCAAUCCUUCCACGCCGUCACCGACCACAUGCUGGCCAUCGGCAGCCUGGAGCACUCGUACAUCGUGCGGCUGCUGGGGAUCUGCCCGGGCCCGCAGCUCCAGCUGGUGACGCAGCUGCUGCCCCUGGGCUCGCUGCUCGAGCACCUGCGCAAGAACCGCGGCUCCAUCAGCCCCCAGCUGCUCCUCAACUGGUGCGUGCAGGUGGCCAAGGGCAUGUAUUACCUGGAGGAACACCGCAUGGUGCACCGGAACCUGGCUGCUCGCAACGUGCUGCUCAAAUCCCCCAGCCAGGUGCAGGUGGCCGAUUUCGGGAUCGCGGAUUUGCUCUACCCCGACGAUAAAAAAUAUUUCUACAACGAGCUGAAGACCCCCAUCAAGUGGAUGGCCCUGGAGAGCAUUCACUUCGGCAGGUACACGCACCAGAGCGACGUGUGGAGCUACGGGGUGACCCUGUGGGAGAUGAUGACGUUCGGGGCCGAGCCGUACUCCGGGAUCCGCCUGGCCGAGGUUCCGGAUCUGCUGGAGAAGGGGGAGCGGCUGUCGCAGCCCCAGAUCUGCACCAUCGACGUCUACAUGGUCAUGGUCAAGUGCUGGAUGAUCGAUGAGAACAUCCGUCCCACCUUCAAGGAAUUGGCCAACGAGUUCACCCGCAUGGCCCGGGACCCCCCGCGCUACCUGGUCAUCAAGGAGAGCGGGGCCGCCCCCCCCGCCGAGCCCCCUCCCCUGAGUGAGAAGGAGCUGGACGAGGUGGAGACCCUGGAGCUGGAGGAGGAGGAGGAGGAGGAGGAGGAGGAAGAGGAGGAGGAGCUGGACGUGGCCUUCGGCCUCGCGGCCGGGCUGUGCCCGCAGCGCCCGAGGGGCAGCAGCGCCCGGAGCCCGAGCCUGCUGAGCGCCCCCGCCGGGUACAUCCCCAUGAACCAGCCCGGCCUCGGCUGCGCCCGCCCGGCCGGGGGGUCGCGGCCGCUGCGGCGGGGCCGGCAGGGGUCCCUGGGCCGGACGGUGUCGGAAUCGUCCGAGGGUCGCGGGACGGGCUCGGAGCUGGAGCUGGGUGAGGGGGGGUCCCUGGGGGGUCGCAGCCGCCGCUCCCGGGGGGACAGCGCGUACCUGUCCCAGCGCGGGAGCCUCCCCCCGCCGCCCCCCGCCCCCGACGGCAGCGAGGAGGACCCCAAUGGCUACGUGACCCCCAACUGCGGCCUCCGCGGUGAGGAGGGGGCUUCAGCGGGGGAUGAUGAUGAUGAGGAUGAAGAGUACGAGUACAUGAACCGGAGACCGGGGGGCGCCCCGGGAGCCCCCCAACCCCGCCCGGCCUCCCUGGAGGAGCUGGGCUACGAAUACAUGGAGGUGGGCUCGGACCCCCCGGGAGCCCCCCAAAACCGGGCCAAACCCCGGGAUAACGAGGAUGAUGAAGGUGAGGAAGAGGAGGAAGAUUACGAAUACAUGAACAAACAACCCCGCCUCAGCCGCUCGCUCCUCACCGACCCCACCCCGGGGGUCCCCGCAGCCCCCCACCACCACGGCUACACCGAAAUGAGGCGGGGGGCGCCCCCCGAGGAGGAGGAGGGGUACGAGGAGAUGGAAGCGGUGCCGCGGCCGCGCUGCCCCGGCUGCCGGCGACCCCCGCCCACCCCCGCGACCCCCAUGAAGCCCCUGCGGAGUUUGGAAGCCUCGGACUGCGCCUUCGAUAAUCCCGAUUAUUGGCACAGCCGCCUCUUCGCCAAAGCCCAGCGGAUUUAG